CUAUUUGGAGACCUAAAUGGGUCCUAAAACACAGUUGGGAGGGGUACUGUGUUCCUGUGCUUAUGUAAUCCCUGCAAUUCACACAGUGACCUGAGUGGUGCUGUGCCAGAGUAUAAAAGGGUUAGGAGCCAUGCGGUCUGGAGUCCAUUUGCUGCUAAAUCCUCCCUCUGUCUGCAGCAGAGGUUGGGAGCGGUGGAACUCAUCUUAGUACUUAGUAAGUGUUAGUUAUACUCUGUUAUAGAUCACUCUAGGAGUGACAGAAAGGUUAAAUAGUUGAGCAGCUCAAGGCUCCACCGAGGAGAUUAGUGGGAUUAAGAUCCCCGGGUAUUACUAACCCAGAGAGGGACUUAAGUGUUGAGAUUAGGGAUAAUAGGUUCCCCCCUGAGAGCACCAAGAGUUUCUAUCGACUAAUUGAUCCAUACCUGCUGUUAAUUUACUCUUUGCUGUGAGUAUAUGUCUCCUUUGUGCUGCUGUGUUAAUCUAGGUUAUAUAUUCCAUUGUGAAUGUUGCUAUACUGUUCAAUAAAUCUAGUUCCUUGUUUAAGCAAAACAAAACCACUGGCGCCCAUCAUUGUGUUACUGCACCAAGUUACAGUUGCACUACACCCUGCCUCCACCUUGUGCGAGGGCUUGCCCCUGGGAAAGAGAGCUCAUAGGUGGUAAGAGCCCAUCAAGGAAAGUAGCUAAACCGCUAAAAGAAUAAAGCAGUUUACUAUAGUGCUACAUUUUGGCGCCCAACGUGGGGCUCUGAAGGGGUUAACUGUAAUUCCGCACCGCAGCCUAGUGUGACAGGCGCUGCGAGUGCGGACCCAAGAGGCAAAAGGAGGAUUUUGUGGUUUUUACCUUCGCUGAUAAGUUGUUGGAACUGGGCCUACUCUUCCAAGAGGGAACAUUGUAGGUCAUCAUGCCGCUACUUCGUCCCCAAGAGGUGUACGCGUGGGCGGAAGCAGAGCAAGUUAACCCCCGCUGUGCCUUUGCAGUGGAUCGAGUUCCCACCGGCUGCAGCGUAAAGCUCAUGCAUCCUACCCUCAUUUACCAUGUGAGGUUAAAGGGCAUCCGACUCGUGAUGGAAAUGGAGUCGAGAGUCCUGGGGUACCGGGCGAGACUGUACUGUGGCCCCCGGGAGCUAGGGGACGAUGAAGGACCGUAUACUGUUUACCCGGUGGGAACUUAUCCCCUUGGCUGCCCUGUUGUAUAUGCUGGGUCUGCAACCUCCCUGCCACUUGCGCUGGAGGUAAAGACGGAACCUCUCGAUUCCGCCACAGUGGUUAGUGGACUGGAUUCCCCGGGAAAAGUAGAGGCCCUUAGCUCAAGUGCAGGGACGAUGCUGCCUACUCUUGUCAUUGCUGGGACAAAAUACCCGAAGCUGAAGGUUUUUUCGGGAACUCUCCCUGUCCCUGAAGGAGAGCAGGGUUUUGAAGAGUGGCAGGAGGCUGCAGUGCAGAUGAUAGAAGAAUGUCCAUGCCCUGAGGGGGAUAAACGGAUCCGGUUAACCGAAAAUCUGCGCCCUCCUGCCAGUCAGGUGGUUAAGUUAUUUUGCAAGGCUCACUUAAAAGCUUCUGUUAGAGAUUGUCUGAAAGCACUCGAGGAAGUAUAUGGGGCUUGUGACAAUCCGCAUAAUUUGCUCCAUAUGUUCAGAAGCUUGUAUCAAGAGGAGGGAGAGCUUGUGUCCACCUUUGUGCGUAGGUUACAAAGCAAGCUAUGGACAUUAGUUCACAAGGAAGUUAUCCCUGUUGCUGAGGUUGAUGAGAUGCGACGCACCCAACUUCUACAGGGACUGCAGGCAAGCCAUCCCAUAGCCAUGGAGCUGCGUAUUAUGUAUCGGCAGGGUACCCCGCCCGAAAUGGGUGCCAUCAUGGGUGUAGUAAAAGAAAGGGAAGCUGAACUUGAGAGAGUGUCCGCUCACAGUAAGAAGGUGACAACUGGGAGUCUUCCCUCUGCUCAGAAGGAUCUAAAGGGAGCCCUUAGGAAGACCCCAGAUUCGUCCCUCCGGCCUAGGAUGGCUUCACUAGCCAAGACUUUUAGUGCUACUGCCCAGCUAGACUGCUUUCGAUGUGGACAUCAGGGCCAUAGAGUGUACCAGUGUUACCCGUCAGUUGGCUCGGGUGAAUUCCACAGUAAAGGGGGUCAGUUACCUUCGAAGCGAAAGGGCACGCAGAAGGGUUGGAAACCUCUGAACCUCCCUGGGGUGGGACGACGGUGUACUUUCAGCCUGCUUGUGAAUGGUGUCCCGACCACCGCACUAUUUGAUACGGGUUCCCAAUUGACCAUUAUACAUCGUCCGUUUUACCUUCAACACCUCAGUCACCUUCCCUUGCAAACAGUGGGUCCUGUACCGGUGUUUGGUGUGGGGACGGGCCCUACAUACAUGGAUGGCUGUGUGGAAGUACAACUGCACAUCCCCGGACUUGUAGGAGACAACGAUCCCCCCAUCACUGUGGUUGCUUAUGUGAGUCCCCCACCAGGAGGUAAGGAAGCGGCUCCAGUCAUUGUUGGCUCCAAUGUGAAAGCUGUUGAGGAGGCGUUUCUACGAUUCCUUCAACCCCGGGAGGGAACCCCAUUAACCGUGUUGCCCGUAUCUCCAGAGUUGCAAGCAAUUUGCCAAACUUUCGCUCCCGAGUCACCUGGGGGUUGUAUAGGAAACCCUUGGUAUCCGGUGGAAAUUCCACCAGGGGGAGUACGGAACCUACGAGUGUAUGUGGAAAUUGUGUCUACUACCCCUGGCAGUUACUUUUUGUUGGAGACUGACCCGCACGAAGCUGUCCGAAAUGGUUGGGAGAUAGUUCCUGAGAGGAAAGAUUACCGGCGUAAAUGUCCUCGUACCGAUGUGGUCACAGUUAAAAACAUUACCUCUUAUACUGUUACCAUCCCUGCCUGGUAUACGGUUGGACAUUGCUACCCGGUGGAGAGUGUUAAUCCCUGCUCAGUUCCUGAGGGGAAAGAGGACAUUAAACUUAAUUUCAAGUUGGAGGAGGCUGAUGAUCCGAUGGAACACCGUCAUAUGCUUGAGCAGAAGUUAUUGCUGUACCGGGAUGUUUUCUCCGUAGAUGAGAUGGAUGUGGGUUGCGCUAAACGUGCUGAACAUAGUAUCAGAUUGAGUGAUGAUACCCCUUUCCGAGAGAGGUCCAGGCGCAUACCUCCUCGUGAUCUGGAAGAUGUUCGGAAGUAUUUGGACAAGAUGAAGGAUCAACGAAUAAUCGUUGAAUCACGCAGUCCAUAUGCCUCACCAAUUGUGAUCGUACGAAAGAAAAAUGGUAGUGUUCGCCUAUGUGUGGAUUACCGAACAUUAAAUAGACGCACUGUCCCAGAUCAGUAUACGCUACCCCGUAUUGAUGAAGCACUGGAUGCAUUACAUGGUAGUGCAUGGUUCUCUGUGAUGGACUUACGCUCGGGGUAUUAUCAAAUUCCCAUGAGUAGGGAUGACCAAGAGAAGACUGCUUUUAUCUGUCCUUUGGGGUUCUAUGAGUUCACCCGCAUGCCUCAAGGUAUAAGUGGGGCCCCUGCCACCUUUCAGCGUCUCAUGGAGAAGGUGUUGGGUGAUCUGACUCCCAGGCAUUGCAUAGUCUACUUGGAUGAUAUAAUUGUGUUUGGCUCUACUUUGGAAGAACACGAUACCAGGUUGUUUAAUGUUUUGGAUCGCUUGCGGCAGGAGGGUUUGAAGCUUUCUGUUGAUAAAUGCAAGUUCGCUCGUAAGGCGGUGAAGUUUGUGGGACAUAUUGUGUCUGCAGAAGGCAUUGCUACUGACCCCGAGAAAGUGGCAGCUGUCCGAGAUUGGCCGAGGCCAACCAAUUUGACUGAACUUAGAUCCUUCUUGGGAUUCUGUGGAUAUUAUCGGAGAUUUGUAGAGGGAUAUUCCAGACUUGCUCAUCCCUUGAAUGGCUUGCUGGCAGGGAGUGCUUCCAAGCAGACCCAUUCUGUCCAGCCCCCCCUUAAAGAUCGGUGGUCCACCGAUUGUGAGGAAGCUUUCUUAACUCUAAAGAAAAGACUCACGGAGGCUCCUGUCCUAGCUUAUGCUGAUCCUCAGAAACCGUAUGUUUUGCAUGUUGAUGCCAGUUAUGAAGGACUGGGCGGCAUUCUUCAUCAAGAAUACCCGGAGGGUCUGAAGCCUGUUGCCUAUGUUAGCCGAAGUCUUAAUCCAGCCGAAAAGAAUUACCCAGUGCACAAAUUGGAGUUUUUGGCGUUGAAAUGGGUAAUUACCGACAAACUGCAUGAUUAUCUCUAUGGGGUUAAGUUUGAGGUAAGGACAGACAAUAACCCAUUGACUUAUAUCUUAACCACUGCUAAGUUGGAUGCUGCUGGGCAUCGGUGGUUGGCCGCUUUAUCCAAUUAUCAGUUCUCUCUGAAGUACAAGCCUGGUCCUAAAAAUGUAGGUGCUGAUGCCUUAUCCAGACGUCCUGGUCUACCUCCUUGUCUGGAAGAGGAUGAAUGGGAGGAAUUACCUAGUUUGUCAGUAGCUGCUCACUGUGCUACUGCAGCUAUGAAGAAUGGUCAAGUGGCUUUUUCUGAAUUGCGGUUGGUGGAUUCCUUGGGAGGAAAAGAAGAUUGCAUUCCUUCUAUGUACGCAUAUCCUACGACGUUAGGAGUAUCCCAGAGUCUUCAACUAAGUAAUGGUGAUAUGAUUCGGGGACAAAAGAGAGACCCAGUGGUUCGGUAUGUCCGAGAGGCUGUCGCCAGAAAGGAUCCCGAGCUUAUGAGAAAGACUAUACCUAAAGAUAGUCGGAUAUUCUUGAAAGAAUGGGACAAGCUGAAGUUUAUUGAUGGGAGUCUCUAUCGGGUGGAAAAGACUUUUGGACUGAUUCGUGAUCGGUUCUUCUGGCCCCGAAUGAGAGAGAUGGUGGUCGAGUACUGCAGGCGUUGUGUCCCUUGUUUGCAAAGAAAGUCUUUACCCACUCGGGCUGCUCCUAUGGAACACUUAAAGAGCACUGGGCCGUUGGAUUUAGUCUGUAUGGAUUUCCUGUGUAUUGACAAAGACUCUAGUGGGAUUGGAAACAUAUUAGUUGUGACUGAUCAUUAUACUAGAUAUGCCCAAGCCUAUCCCACAAAAGAUCAGAAGGCCGCUACUGUGGCUAAGGUGUUAUGGGAGAAGUUCUUUGUCCAUUAUGGUUUACCCAAUCGACUUCACUCUGAUCAGGGAAGAGAUUUUGAGAGUCGGUUGAUAAAGGAACUACUAGAUCUGUUAAAUGUGGCUAAGAGUCGCACGACUCCUUAUCAUCCUGAAGGAGAUGCUCUUCCUGAGAGGUUCAAUCGAACCCUGUUGGACAUGUUGGGUACUCUUUCGGUCACAGAAAAACCCUCUUGGAGUCGUCAUGUAAGUGCCCUGGUUCAUGCCUAUAAUUGUACCCGGCAUGAGUCCACUGGGUUUUCGCCCUAUUUCCUUAUGUUCGGAAGGGAAGCACGACUGCCCAUAGAUGUACAGCUGGGGGUUUCUACUGAUGGAAUUGGAUGUAAGGAGCACUAUCAAUAUGUGAAUCGCCUUCGGAAUAGCUUGAAGGAAGCUUAUUGCCUGGCUGAGGAAAAUGCUGCAAAGGUCAAUGCUGGGAAUAAACGUCGGUUUGAUGCUAAAGUACGGUACCGUGAAUUGAAGCCUGGAGAUAAAGUGCUUUUACGUAACUUAGGUCCCAGUGCAAAGCAUAAGCUGGCAGAUCGAUGGAGGAAGGAGUUAUUUGAGGUAGUAGCCAAGCUACCCAGUGUUCCGGUGUAUCGGAUUCAGGGUACGGAUGGAAGAGUCAAAGCUUGGCACCGAAACCAUUUGCUGCCUGUUCCUCAGGUUCCUCAGAUGAAUACUAAUUCCGAAGUGGUGGAGGACGAUGGUUUGGUUCCAAAUGAUGGUGUAAGAGAAGAAGAAGUUCCAUCUACUACUGAAAGUGGAGAAAUGCUUGCACUUGGUGAAGGAAGUGAUGAUAUACUUCACGGAGUAUUGACAAGCAGCCCGGCAGUGAACGCGUCCAAAAGGAGUCCAUUUUGCGUUAUCAUCACACCGGCAAAUCACACUAUCCAGAGACAAAUCAUUUGA